AUGAGUGAUUCUCCACUCAUCUUAUUUUUAAUCGUAAAGUUAUUAGAGCUUAUCGGUUAUUUAUGUUCAAUCAUAUGUCUACCGAUUAUACUCUAUUGUAAAUUAGUCAUUUUGGUAUGCAAUGAUGCUACGCAAGACAAUAUAAAGAAUUCAAAAUCGGUACACUUUUUAAUGUUUUUACCGAGAGCCCUCAUAGUGUUACCUUUUUUCCCAUUCUCAUUUCUUGGUCUAAGUUAUCUAUAUGGUUGGGCAGUGUCACAUGCCAUACCAAAUCAUGCUUCCUUUUUACCAUGGGUAUUGGCUGCAGUAGCUUUGGUUGUCAAUAUCAUUGGUUUUGUAUUCACUAGAUUUAAAUUUCAAUCAAUGAAAGAUUUUAAAUUUGGUGAAUAUUAUAAAUCAGUAUGGCAAUCAAUUUUAGAUAUAGGAGCAAUGUUUGCAUUUAUAUUGUCUGUCGUAACAGUCAUACGUAUACCAUUCCUCUUUGGAACGUUUAAUAGAACAAAACCAAUACGUAGACAAUUAUAUUACAACAUGUUUUUAAUUAUACCAGAUAUAAUAUGUGUGCCAUUGUUACUUUUGCAAUGUAUCUUUUUCUGGCGUAUGAUCAAUUUGGUAUCUCUUUUCAAAACGAAAAAGAUCAAUUUGGCAUUUGGAUUUCGUGCACGUCUCAUGGUCAUGUUUGAAUCGUUAAAGAUAUUUUGGGAUGUAGCAAUCAUCAUAUUCCUUCCAGUUCUCAUUUUACUUCCAUACCAUGCCUAUUAUGCAAUUGAAAAGAUUAAAACACGCAGAAAUUCAUCGCAACCACCAAAGGUAGAUGAAUGUCUUGGUAUCAUUACACGACGAGAGUGUUUGGCGGUAUUGGAUUUGUUGUUGGCAAUAUUCUUUGUCUUUACUGUUGUCAUUACAGUCUACAGAUUAUACCACGCAAUCAAACGUGCCAAACAAGCCAAUAGAGGAAACGAUGUUCGUGCAGAACUAUUCUUCCAGUGUCUCUACGUUUUUGCCGAUAUUUGGAUAUUGUUUUGUGGUAUAUUUAUCACUGUAUCUGUGUAUCGGUUGGUCAGAGCAAUUUCCAAGAUGAAAUCACCUCACAAUCGUUGGAAUAGAUAUAGAGAAUAUGUGACUGUACAGUUUAUCAGGUUGCUUAGAGAUAUACCAUUCAUCUUUAUGGGCCUGUUUGUCAGUUUAUUAGUGUGGCGCGCAUUCUUUAUGCUAAGGGACGUAUUCCAAAAGUCUAAAAAAUCGGAAAGACGUCAAGUCGUUCUCUACCAUUUUGGAAUGUUAUUUGUCGAUAUUAUCGAUACACCAUUCCUCCUCGCCUCAAUUCUCAUACUUGUUUCUGGAUGGCGUAGUUAUUUCUUUGUCAAAGGAUUCCCUCGUGUAAACUCUACACGUAUGGAACAAAGAAAAUACGUAUUCAAAAACUUUGUUGCCCUCUUGUUGGAUAUACCUGCCACCAUUGCUCUAUUGGUCAUUUUGGUGACAAUCUAUAGAGCAAAACCAACCAUUACUCAACUAAAACAUUAUUUCAAAUAUAAAAAAGAAAAAUUAAACAAUGAUAACAUGGGUGGUGGUGGUAGUGGUGGUCAAGUCACAAUCAACAACUUUGGUCAAGCUCCACCAUUGGCGAUGCCCUCACAAGAUGAUGAAGAUAAUCCAGCUCCAAAACAAUCUACAAGAUCACAGGCUGCAGUACCAGAUGAUAUCAAAGGAAUGAGCUCAUGGAGAAUGAUUGUUGGUAAACAAUUAUUCCUUUUAAUCAUUGAUAUCCCCAUACCAAUUCUUUUACUCUUGACUCUUUGGAGAUUACCUAUACUAGUAAAGAGACUCAAAGAAAUUGAUGACCCAGAGCGUUCCUAUUCCCAACGCCGUCUUCUCAUCCUACGUUAUCUUUGGUACAUUGUAUUGGAUAUUAUUUGCUCAAUUCCACUUGCUCUUAUCCUCAUCACUGUGUGGCGUAUACCCACCUUUGUGGCAAUGGUAAAGAAAUACAAACGUGGUGACAAUGAACAUCUUGCCAUUGCAUUGAUAUUUACAAGACUUAUUGUUGACAUUCCCUUUGUCAUACUUGGAAUACUCACAUUUGUAUUCCCAUGGAGAGGUAUUUUCCUCGUUAAAUCCGUAUACAAGGAUUGUAAAACAGACAAGGAAGCCAGAUGGACUGUUUUAGAAUAUGCUUUAACAAUCGCUAUUGAUACUUUUAAUAUUAUACUUUCAUUAAUUAUCUUGACAACACUUUGGAGAGUACCAACAUUAAUUUAUUGUCUAAAAAUGUUCCUUUCAAGAGAUCAAAAUAUAAUGAAACAUUCAAAAUGGUUCCAUACAAAUUCGAUUACUAAAUCAACGGUUGCAACACUUACUCUAUGGGCAAUGGAUAUAUUAUUGGUUAUUCAAUUGGUUUGCAUUUUAUUGAUUGGAAUUCAAGUCUAUCCAAUGAUUAAAUUCCUUUCAAAGAUAUCAAAGGGUGAUUUGAAUUUUGGAUUUGAGGAUUUACGUCAUCCAGUUUCAUUUUUCUUCCUCGAAUCAUUGCGUGAUAUUCCUCAUAUCGUACUUUUACCACUAAAGGCAGUAGGAAUCAUUUUUUAUCCAGUUCAUCUUUAUUUAAAGAAAAGAACAAAGAAUACAACAACUCAAUCAUUUUUAAAAUUGAUUGUUCUUUGGAUACAUGAACUAUCUGAAAAUGAAAUGAAUUUUUAUGGAUUUGAUAAAUUUGCAACCAUUAAUCUAUUGGGAGCAUUGGUGAUCAUUCCAAAUGAAAUUGGAGUUGUAUUGGUAUUGAUCAAUAGUAUUUAUAUGUUUAUUGUCACUCUUGGAUCACCUCUUUGGAAUCAAUUUAGAACAAAAUAUGAAUGGACAGAAUUAGGAACAGCUAUUGGACCAUUGGUAAUUUUAGAAUAUAUUACAGUUAUUUUACAAGCAUUGUUAUUCCCAGUAUUUGUUGCAAUGCAAAUAUUACUAUUAUUGUUGCCUAUUAUCAUUUCAUUGGCAGCCUAUUAUCCAACCAGUCUUUCAUUCAACCAAUAUUGGGAUCUAUUUUUCAGUAGCAGAGCAUUCUGGAAGGAUACAGUUGGCGAGUUUGGUGUUGGCAUUUGGUUCAUUCAAGCAUUCUGGGUUCUUGUCAUGGCAGUGACAUGGCACAUAAACUAUCUUGUCGCUAAAAGAUAUUUCCCUCUCUUUUCGCCAUGGAAAGCAUAUUAUUGGCUCAUCAAGAAAUUAUUUGUUGGUCGUUUCUGGGGAUUAUAUAAGCUCCUUCUUUCAAAACCAACCAACAUAUGCUAUCGUCUCCGUCGUGUUUGUAUGGUUGGUGAACUUCUCAUGUUCCCAUUGUUCUUGAUUUGGACUUGCUGGCCUCUUAUCCCUGCCAUCGUCACCAAAGUAUACUAUAGCUACUUUAUUAUUAGAGACUCUUGGGGAGAACCAGUGGUCAAGGAUGAAACUCCAAAGAUUGCUUUGACCGGUGUCUUUGUCAAUUUGCCCGACGAUGGUGGACUUGUCAUCACAUUCAGUGGCUACAAGCCAUAUGGAUUCUCUAUACAAGAUGCUAGACUUUCACUUGAAGGUGACGCCAUCUGGAAGGCUAUCGAAAAAGCAAUUGGAAAAACAAAACUUCGUGCCGCUCUUAUGAUUGCAGGCUAUCCAAUCACUCUCUGUCCAAUGUUCUUUAACGUUUCUACUGAAAUCAAUGACAAACCAACCGGUGACAUUGAAUUCUCAAUUAGAAUUGGAGUUGCAGGUUCAAAGAUGCAACUCAAAAAGAAGAUAUUAACUAGAACUCUCGACUCUAUCGUCAAGGUUGCUGAUCCAACAUUUGAUUUUGUUGUAGAAUAUGGAAAACAAGAUUUUGGAUGGAAGAAAUUGGGUGUAUUGUGUAGAUUUAAUACAUCUCUCUCUAUCAUUUUGGAUGCUGGAAAUGAUAAUAGUGGUGAUCAUUCUUUGACAAUUGGUGAGCAACAACAUUUGAACCCAAAUAUCCCAAUCCCUCCUCCUCAACCAACAACAAAUAAUUAUAAUAAUAAUAGGGUGGUCGCACCAACAACCAACAACAACACAAACAGAGUGGUCCCUACAACGACCAACAACCAACAACACCAUCUUGACAACUAUCAAAAUUCAUUGUACUCUUCAUUUGACAGAGAUUUGCAAUUAGCAAUAGAAUUGAGUAAACAAGAUCAAUUGGAAGAAGAAAAUAGGAUAUUGGAAAAUUUCGGUCAAAAAGAAAACUUGGAAGAAGAAGAAGAAGAGGAAACCAAUAUUGAUGAUAGAAACAGUAGUAGCAGUGGUGAUGAACCGUCGUCCUAUUCGGAAGGGAGGCCUAGUGAGAAAGAGAAAUUUAAUCAAACAGAAUCAGUAGUAGAUAUCCCACAAAAUGACACACAAGAUCUUGAAAACCAACAACAACAACAAGAUGAUCAACAAAAAGAAAAACACAUUUCUUUUGAAGAUGAUGUAUAA